AUGGCUUUAUCUUUCACAUCUUCAUCAGCAGUUCAUGGCUCUUCUUUAUAUUCUUCCUUUGAACAGCCUAAAGCUGCACUAUUUGGUUCUUCUCAGCCAUUGGACAGGCUUAAUCUCCCAUCAACUGCUGUGAAAUUUUCGAGGAGGCGUUGUGCCGUCAAGCCAUUGAAUGCUGAGCCAAAGAGGAAGGAUUCAAUUGUCCCCUCAGCUGCAACUACCGUUGCACCAGAGGUGGUUGAAAAAGUAGAGGUAGAAGACUGUGAAAAAUUGGGUAAGGAGCUUGAAAAUGCUUCCCCUCUUGAGAUUAUGGACAAGGCCCUUGAGAGAUUUGGGAAUGAUAUUGCUAUUGCUUUUAGUGGCGCGGAGGAUGUUGCUUUGAUUGAAUAUGCACGUUUAACUGGACGGCCAUUUAGAGUUUUUAGCUUGGACACUGGGAGGUUGAACCCAGAGACGUAUAAAUUCUUUGAUGAAGUCGAGCAACACUAUGGAAUUCGCAUCGAAUACAUGUUUCCUGAUGCUGUUGAAGUUCAAGCUUUGGUAAGGAGCAAGGGACUUUUCUCGUUUUAUGAAGAUGGCCACCAGGAGUGCUGCCGAGUAAGGAAGGUUAGGCCGCUGAGAAGGGCCCUCAAGGGGUUGCGUGCAUGGAUAACUGGACAGCGUAAGGAUCAGUCCCCUGGCACUCGGUCGGAAGUUCCAGCUGUCCAGGUAGACCCUGUUUUCGAGGGAAUGGACGGUGGGGUUGGAAGCUUGGUGAAGUGGAACCCAGUGGCAAACGUAAAGGGCGAUGAUGUUUGGAAGUUCUUACGGACCAUGAAUGUGCCAGUGAACUCAUUGCAUGCCAAAGGGUAUAUCUCGAUUGGAUGUGAACCAUGCACUCGACCGGUCCUACCUGGGCAACACGAGAGAGAAGGAAGAUGGUGGUGGGAGGAUUCCAAGGCCAAGGAAUGUGGACUGCAUAAAGGCAAUAUUAAGGAAGAAACUUUAAACGGAAGUGGAAAUGGCGCUGUUCACUCAAAUGGAUCUUCUACGCAUGCAGAUCUUUUUGUCACUGAGAAUGUUGUAAACUUGAGCCAGCCUGGAAUUGAGAAUUUACAGAGACUGGAAAAUAGGAGGGAGCCUUGGGUUGUCGUGCUUUAUGCACCUUGGUGCCAAUUUUGCCAGGCAAUGGAAGGUUCAUACGUAGAAUUGGCUGAGAAAUUGGCCGGAUCUGGUGUUAAGGUGGGAAAAUUCAGGGCAGAUGGGGAGGAGAAGGCAUUCGCGCAGCAAGAAUUGCAGCUAGGGAGCUUUCCUACUAUACUUUUCUUCCCUAAGCAUUCAUCGCAUCCCAUAAAAUAUCCCUCUGAGAAGAGGGACGUUGACUCAUUGCUGGCUUUUGUGAGCGCCCUCCGAUGA